AAUACAAUCUUAAUAUUUUACUACACACACAAUUUUUUCACAUCCAAAGCAGGCAAUGGGUAUUUCUUGCAUCACAAGAAACGGAUAUUAUAUCCUCCAUUUUCUUCUUCUUCUUAUUAUACUAAUCAUAACUCCUUCGUCCUCUUCCUUGUCCUUCAAAGACAUCGUCACAAAAGAGCUCAUCAACAAUUUCUGUUCAAAUUUGGAAAUGUUCGAUCGUCAAUUUUGCGCCAAAUGGUUCAACGCGGAUCAAAAAACAAAAUCAAUCAGCGUCCAAGGCUUUAUAAGCCUCAGAGUAAAAGAAACUCGAGAGUUUGGCCUGCAAACCCAAGCACUGAUGAGCAAAUUAGCAAAAAGCUCUGGGAAGGACCAGCAACUCAAGGGAUCUUACGAGUCAUGCGUGGCUAGUUAUGGCCAAGCAAUCAAAGAGCUUGAGAAAGCUCAAAAGUUUUUGAGCAGUAACUCUUUCACGCAAGCACUUGUGGCUAUUUCUGACGCAUUUUAUAAAGCUGGCGAUUGCAAAGAUGCGUUCGAAGGGCCUUCUAAUGAGCCACCUCUGGUUUUUAAUCGCGUUGAAAACUUUGCCAAUAUGUGUUACGUUACUUGGAGUUUCGGUUCACUUAUCUAAAUUCAUAAAUAUAUGUUUCAAUUACAAUAAUGAAAACUCAGAUACAGUAUCUUUUAACAUAAUGCUUUGUUUCAAUAGUUCCUUUCUUUCUUUUUUGUUUCUUUUGGUACAUAUCAAUAUUCUACGACAAAAACCAAAAAUAACCUUGAAGAAUUGCAAUGAGAACUUAACAUUG